AUGGGGGGCUGGGCAACCUUCCUGUUAACCUACCUCUUUGGUGGUGUUACUUUCCUCCCUCUCGUUGUCCUCACGGUCUUUCUCCACGCCCACUUCACUCUACCUCGUCGACAAGAUGCCGAUCCGAGCAGAGACACCGGAGCCGAUGAUCUCGUCCAACCGAGCGACGAUCUUGGGCCUCUGCAGGCUGCUCAGAAAGAAUCGAAGGAACAAGCGAAGGCCAAGGCCACCGGUCACCAUGAAACCGAAACUGCAGCUGGCUACUUCGCCGUGUGUCGAGAGUACACGCCCAUGGGAAUAAAUGCCAAGCCCAUCGAACGAUCCACACCCGUUGGCUCCACGACAGUAGCAGCUCCCAGUCAGAGCGUGUACCAGACUAUGUACCGGAGCAUAUUUGAUAGGAAGCAGAAUCCAGGCCCCUUAGACAAUGGCAAAAGUGUUAGUCUUCGGCCAAAGAAAGCGGGAAAUGUCUUCUACGUCGUGUUGAGACAUGGCCAUCUCAUGUUAUUCGACGACGACGAACAGCUCGAGGUCCGACAUGUUAUUUCUCUUACCCACCACGACGUCAGCAUCUAUUCCGGCGGUGAUGUGACACCGGAAGGGGAGCUUUUUAUCAAAAGGAAUGCUAUAUGUCUUUCACGACGGAUAAACGAAACGGCAGAGUUGACGCCGGAUAGCCAAAUAUCCAAGCCAUUCUACCUGUUCUCGGAAAACUGCUCCGCCAAGGAAGACUUCUAUUUCGCCUUGCUGCGAAACCAGGAACAGGCAUUCCCUUCAGGAGAGCGAGCAGCACCGCCUCUAUCUUUUGACGUCAAGAACGUCAUAUCUCUGGUUCAGAAGCUCCAUUCAUCCGAGGAGCACCUACAGAGCAGAUGGCUCAAUGCUAUGCUUGGGAGACUCUUUCUAGGGCUCUACAAGACUGCGGACAUUGAGGCUUUCAUCCGGGAGAAGCUGACCAAAAAGAUCAGCCGGGUCAAGCGCCCUGCCUUCUUAUCCAGUAUCGAGAUUCGCAAGAUCGAUCCCGGGGAGUCCGCUCCUUACUUCACAAACCUUCGCCACAAAGACCUCACAGUCGAAGGAGAGUGUUCCAUGGAAGCCGAUGUGAAGUACACCGGUAAUUUUCGAAUCGAGGUCGCUGCUGUUGCUCGGCUUGACCUUGGAACGCGUCUCAAGGCUCGUGAGGUUAAUUUGGUUUUGUCUGUCGCGCUGCGGAAGAUGGAGGGGCAUUUGAUUUUCAAGAUUAAGCCACCUCCGAGCAACCGGGUGUGGUUUACCUUCUCACAGGUGCCCAAGAUGGAAAUGACCAUUGAGCCAAUUGUGAGCUCUAGACAGAUCACGUACACUGUUAUUCUUCGUCAGAUCGAGGCUCGGAUCAAAGAGGUUGUCGCGGAGACACUUGUUCUGCCAUUCUGGGACGACACUCCUUUCUUCAAGACCGAACAUAAGAGAUGGAGAGGUGGUAUAUUUCAAGGAGACGAUGCCGUGGAGCCAUCUUUGGACUCGGAGACCGCGGCAGCGCAGAUCGGAGAGGUCGAUGAUGUGGAGACUUUGGACACUGGGACCCCUCCCAACUAUGAGCUGCCACCGAUGGAGAAGAGCCAGAGUAUGCCUGUGAUCGAGCCCGUUCAAACUUCACCAUCGACGAGUCUAUUUGGGCUCAAGCUCGGGAGGGGCAGUAAAAUCCCGCAGACCAAUCCAUCCUCCCCUACAAUAGACGUCAUCGAGCCAAAGCACGUGAAAGUGGAUGCUUCGUCCACGAGCGUCGACGUCAAGAAGGAAACGCAUGCGAAACAGCGCCCUGUCAGGUCUGGCUCUUUUGUUGGGGAGCCAACGCCAAUUGUCUCGACGGACACGGUGAAUGCUGAUGUCUUCAAGCCGUCGUCACCGCCCGGGGAAAGUCCAGCAGCUAGUGCCAUGGCCAGACUUUCAUCCAGGUCGAAAGCUGCUUCUGGUUCAGGCUCGCCUCUCACGUCUCCACACAGAAACUCGAUCGUAUCGAUCGCCUCUGCUCAAUCUAACGCGUCAUCCAAAGAUCAUACGGACAAGGAAUCAGAGCAAGACGAGACACCCAAGCUGCCUCGCAGGGGUACGGCAUCAUCUACUCACAGCAACACGGGCGAUGGCAGCUCUGGGACGGGCGGCUCCCCAACGCCCUCUGUCAAAUCUUCCAAGACCAACACAGGAUCUCUGACCCGUGGGCUCUUCCUAAAAAGGGAGAACACCACGGAUUCUGCCUCCACGACUGCGACUACUAAUUCCAACACGGAAUCGGCCAAGCGGAUACCUACCAGUUUAGCGGCAGUAUCCAGCGCAGCAGGGGCGGCUCGACGAUGGGGCUUGAACGCUCUGCAGCGCCACGCCAAUGACCAGGUGAAGAAUGGACAGGGAGCAGAAGGCGAGCCUCAACUCGACCUGAGCAAGCCGAUGGGUGGAGGCAGGCCGCUCCCUCCCCCUGGCAUUCCUCUGCCGAUGCCUGACAAGAAGACCAAGACGGCAAUACCGGUACCCAGAAGAAAGCCGGUGCCUGCCCCUCCGCUGCCUGAGCGUCCUCCCGCUGAUGCGAAAGGACAAGAUGCCAAGCGGCGGCCUGUUCCACCGCCUCCCCUCCCCAAGCGGCGGCGACGCACGGAUGAGGAGAUGCAUGGGCAGGGCGAGGACAUGCUCGUGGUCGAGGCCCCGAUCGCUGACUCGGAGCCAACGAGCCCGCUGCCUGAUGAGGCAGAGGCAUAUCGGCACCCAUAUGUAGAGGACGCGGACGAAGAUCUGGACCCUUUCGUGAUGGAUGACGGGUCACCUGAGGAGGGCAGCAGCGGCACGCCUCCCGCCAAGCCUUCCGAGGAGAGUCAGCUUUCCUUCGGCACCUCGAAUACGCAGGGCGAAAGCGCAACCGACGACGAAUACGAGGCCUGGAUGGAGAACACGGGAGAGGACGAGCCUCCCCCAGAGUAUGUCACCAGCGAAGGUCUCACGCAUUAG